AUGUCGCUGUUUGGCCAGUCCUCCUCUGCGCCAGGGACAUCAGGUCCAGGUAGUCUAUUUGGUGGUGCCAGCUUAACUCCUACCACUGAUGCCCAAGGGAAACGAAAGUCCAUCUUUGACGGUUCGACCUCACAAUCAUCCCAACCCUUCUCUUUCCCAAGCCUCAACACCACAGCCCCAACUUCAAGCGCUGCUCCAUCUGGUGCACUGUUUAGUCUCGGGGGCCCUGCAAAGACUUCUGCUCCUUUCUCCUUAGGCACGACAACAACAACAACAACAACCACUGCUCCAUCGACAAAUCUGUUUGGAACGACAACAACUACUGCCCAGCAACCAGCACCAGCAUCGACUUCCUUCUUCGGCGCCUCAAACACACAAGCACCCGCGAGCAAUACGUCUUUUUUCGGUGGCGGCGGCGGUGGUGGUGCCUUCGCAGCCGCAACAAACACAACUGUACCGCAGGCAACUCAACCAGCAGCCGCCCCUCCGCAAAACAAUCGAGAUGCCGCAUAUUUUAGCAGCCUCCUCGAACGCCAAAAGAAAAAGCCGAGACUGUGGGCUGAUGGCACUGGCCGUCAGAAUCAGUUACCCAGCCUUAGUAUGGACUUGGGAGAUCUGGCCAGACGGGCACAAGAGAUCAGGCAACGCGGGGCGAAACAAACGGAGCCUCUGCCAGACAGUCGAGCACAUUAUCUGUUGGCUGGCUCCGGGGUUGCCCCUGGUCAAGCUUAUAAGGAUUUUCAAGCAUUGGGACCGGAUGAAUCUGCACCUGUGUCACGCAUGGCGACGCAGGCUUUCGCCGAUGAAUCUAGCGCCUACCUUCGAGACUUGAGAGUCAAAGGUCGGGAGGCGAUGCUGAAGGAGAGUAUGGAACGCGUCUACCGUGAAGUCGACAGCUUCAUCGAGGAGAGCUUGGGUAUCGACUUUGAGGAACAAAAGGCCAGAAUUAUGGAACAUCUCGGGUUGGCGUCUCCCGAGGACAACGCGGGAGCCGGUGGUGGCUUUGGUAAAACCAGUGGUCGGAGCAAGGAAGGGGCUUCUGAGACGUCUCGAGCUACACGAAGCGUGUUUGGUCGCACGGCAAUGGAAAAAUCCAUCAUUGGCACUCCAGGUUCCGGUGCUGGGACGACAUCUUUCUUCAAAAGUGAAGGUGCGGCUCCCGUACCGGCAGGGCCUCCCCGUUCGAGUUCACAGGUGCAGCGCGAGCUCAGGGCGAAGGAAAAGUCAUUCAUCAGUAAAGUGGAGGAUCUCAAUCAAGCUAGGGUGCGAGAAGAGUCGUACGCUCUUCUGCAAAAUUUCGCCGAAACCGAAGAGCAAAACAAGGCAGACAGCCCCCGGCAAAUAGUGGACGCCUAUCAAGCUUUACGAGAAAUUACCAAGGAAGGCCAGUCAACAGUCAGGGAACGACAAUAUGCUCAGGCAUAUCUGGACGAGACAACCUCGGCUCCGGCCACUCUCAAACUGAAGAAGCAGAUCGUUGAGGGCUCUCGGACCUUCUUGGAAAAGGCAUUCUGGCGUGAGCUUCGAUCUUUGAUUGAGAAGAAUGCGAGAGAAGCGGCUUUGGGAGGACAGCCAAGUGUCAUCAACAUCGUGCGGGCUUACAUCCGGUUGCGGGCUGCCCGACGAGAUCUUGCCCCGGAUGGAACUGAACUCCAACAACUGGGCGGCGAGAGCGGUGACUACUGCUGGGUCUUAAUUUUCUACUUGCUGAGAUGCGGUUUUGUUAAAGAGGCGGCAGAGUAUGUGAACAACGACCCUGCCUUCCAGUCUGUUGAGCGACGCUUCGUCUCAUACUUGACGGCAUAUGCAAACAACCCAGAUCGGCGACUGGGCCGCAAACUGCAAGAUAUGAUCGACAACGAAUACCAGAACCGCACAAAGGUCGGUCCGAAGAACACGGUUGACCCUUACCGAAUUGCCUGCUACAAGGUGAUCGGAAGAUGUGAUUUGAGUUCAAGACAUUUAGAUGCUGUGGGACAGGGUGUUGAGGACUGGUUGUGGCUCCAGUUCAGCCUUGCGCGCGAGACCGAAAUGUACGAGGAGAUCUCUGGCGAGAUCUUUGGACUUGAACAGAUUUGUGAGACAGUCACCGAGAUCGGGCAGAAACAUUUCCAGAAAAAUCAAGUUGAGGGUUCGAGUGGUUACGGCACCUUUUUCUUGAUGCAGAUUCUUGCAGGGAUGUUUGAGCAGGCUGUGGACUAUCUGCACAGUUUCAAUCCUCUGAGCGCAGUGCACUUUGCCAUUGCCCUGUCAUAUUACGGGUUGUUAAGGGUGUCAGACUUUUCGGUGGCUGGCAACGAGCUCUUGACGUUCUCUACCACGCAGCAACCCAUGAUCAACUUUGUCCCACUCGUGGCAUAUCAUACAGGAACCUUUCGAACGGCACUUCCUGUGCCUGCGGUGGAUUAUCUCUCGAUGCUUUGCCUCAACUCUGAUCUGCAGCCUGCAAGCCUGGGCCUGGUCCACAUCAAUGCCUGUCAUGAGUGCUUGCGAGAACUCUGUCUGGAAACCCGUGAGUUUGCAAAGUUGUUGGGCGAUAUUCGUAGUGAUGGCACGCGGAUACCGGGUGCUAUCGAGUUACGGGCCAGGUUGAUUCACCUUGACACGCGGGAAGAAUUUUUGAGAUCAAUCACCAGCCAGUCGGCUGCCAUCGCGGAUCAGCGCGGGCAAAUCGCGGAUGCAGUACUGCUUUAUCAUCUCUGCGAAGACUAUGAUAAUGUCAUUAGCGUCCUCAACCGAGCUCUGGCCGAUGCUGUGACGCUAGACUUGGGCGAGGCACCGAUGCAGCUGCAACCUCUGAAACCGCGGCAGUCCAACGGUCAGAGCGAGCCAUCCAGCAGCAACCACGGAGGACCUCAGUCGUCACUGUCACUUACACAGUCCACGUCGUCUCCCUUCGAAUUGGGCAAGAACAUGAUAUCGUUAUACAAUGAGAAUGCCGCCUACUUCAACCGAAUCUCGAGCGCGAACCGUGAGAUUUGCGGGGUGCUCAUCAGAUUGCUUUCGGUGCGAGAAAAUCUCGAAGCCAACCCGCCUCGUUAUAUGACGGCGUUAGAGGAGCUCAAUGACUUGGGCUUGUUGCCAUUGCGGGCCAAUGGAUCCAUUCCGACAAUCAGAGCUGCUGCGACAGCCUUUAGCGCCCUCCCCCAAAUCCUUGCUCGUUGCGCUGGAGUGAGUGUCGUCUGGGCGGUGCGGGCCAUCGGGGGAGAACGAGACAAUAUCGUCCGCAAUGGCAGGUGGGAGGCAGGAUAUGGUGGAGAUGCGGACGAAAUGAAAGACCAACUCAGCAACAUGGCCAAGGACCUGAUGGUCUUUGCCGGGCUUGUCAAAUACAAGUUACCGGGUCGGGUCUAUGACAUGUUGACGCGAGCAGGCGCCGAGGUUGGAGGGUUCUGA